UGUCAAACUGUACACGAGGCUUCAACAGGAGCUGGAUCGGACUGUUCCCAACCCGAGACUGGAUGGUCUGCGUAAAGAUUUAACCUAUAUUAGGCUAAUAAUGCCCUCGACCUCAGAGAGAAAGUUAUCGGGACUGAAGUGGAGGAUUUGAUAAGCCUGUUUAUUAGCUGUGUUUGUGAAUACGCCACAAAUAACAUGUUUGUUAUUGCUGUGGCCGAAUUGAAUCCUUUAUUGAAGUAGCCUUGUGUUGCGAAGACGAGCUCAAGCCCAUCCCACUCCGUCCCCCAAAUUCGCUGCGCCUGCUUCACGCAGGAGGCGUUUGGCGCUGGAUUUGCCGGCUCCGAGACCACAGUGCCGUCCAGGUACAGGCUACCAAUGCCCCUCUUCUGCAGACACAAAGGAACUCGCCUUACAUUUUUGUAUUUUUAUGGUGACCAGCUUCCUUAGCGCGCAGCUGCUGUUGGCCAGUCCGUGUCUGCAUGUAGCCUGAAAUCGCUGCAUGUCUGCAUUUCUGCUGUGGGUGUCCCAGCGCUACGGACCAGCGCGAGCCUCUCGGACUAUUGAUAAGUUUCCAAUCACAUAGAUGCUCGUUACGUCAACGGAGGGACGUGAGAGCCUCGGAUACGGAUCAUCUCCUCACGGAGCGUUGAGCUGUUAGAUGACACGAUGCGUGUUGUGUUUUCUCUUUGCUGAUACAGUUAGCUGAUCUGGAGCUGCAGCAGCUGCGUGCCCGCCGCUUAUAUGCAUAGCCUUUGCAGGAUCAAGAUGCAGUUUCGGACUGUGUUGGACGUGAAAGUGGUGGACGUGGAGAAGAGGCGCAAUCCGUCCAAGCACUACGUUUAUGUCAUCAACGUAACUUACUCCGACAACACUUCCCACAUCAUCUACAGAAGAUAUAGCAAAUUCUUCGACCUCCAGAUGCAGAUCCUGGACAAGUUCCCAAUUGAGGGAGGGCAGAAAGACCCUAAGAAGAGGAUCAUCCCUUUUCUCCCAGGCAAAAUCUUGUUUCGGAGGAGCCAUGUUCGAGACGUGGCCAUGAAGAGGUUGCGCUUCAUUGACGACUAUUGCAGGGCCCUGGUCAGACUUCCUCCUCAGAUUUCUCAGAGUGAGGAGGUGCUGCGCUUUUUCGAGACCAAGGCCGAGGAUGUCAACCCCCCCGUGGAGGACUAUGGAUCCAAGCGCAAGUCUGUGUGGAUGUACGGCUUCACCGACAGUCCCAGGAAAGAGGCCUCAGGUAUUGACAACUCUGAGCCGAUGGUCCUGGAGCAAUAUGUAGCGGUGGCCAACUACGAACGCCAGGAAAAUUCGGAAAUUAACCUAAAAGCGGGAGAGACUGUGGAUGUCAUCGAGAAGAGCGAAAGUGGCUGGUGGUUUGUGAGCACUUCAGAGGAGCAGGGCUGGGUCCCGGCCACAUACCUGGACUCUCAGAGUGGGACUAGAGAUGACCUCGACCUGGGCACCUCCCGAACUGGAGAAGUGACUAAGAGACGUAAAGCCCAUCUGAAGAGACUGGACCGCCGCUGGACACUGGGGGGGAUAGUCAACCGCCAACAGAGCAGAGAGGAGAAAUAUGUGACGAUCCAACCAUACACCAGCCAAGGCAAGGACGAGGUGGGCUUCGACAAAGGGGUCACUGUGGAGGUCAUUCAGAAGAACCUGGAGGGCUGGUGGUACAUCAGAUACCUUGGCAAAGAAGGCUGGGCCCCUGCAUCCUAUCUAAAGAAACUCAAAGAUGACUUUUCCCCUCGUAAAAAGACCCUGACCGGCCCUGUGGAGAUCAUUGGAAACAUCAUGGAGAUCAGCAACCUGCUCCAGAAAAAGUCCAUGAGCGAGAAGGACAUUCAGACCGAAGGAGAGGGGAGUGGACAGUCCCCAGAGCGCCACAUUUCGAAGAGCGAGAUCAGCCUACCCAUGCCGUAUAACUCCGAGAUCAACGCGGAGACGGGGAGGAGGCUAAGCGCUGGCCGGGAUACUAACAGUCCAUGUUUAGGGAUCGCCGCUAGCUCCGCCCUGCUGGAGAAGAGGGGAGGGGGAGUGGGGGGAGGAGUGGGAGGAGGUGUAGGAGAGCCUGGGAGUCCUGCCGUGGCAAGGGUCGCUCCUCAUCGAGUGGAAAUUGGGUCUCCUAAUUUAAGGCAGAAACCUCCCCCGAGAAGAGAUGCUAACCUGGGUCUAUGCAGGUUACCCAAGCCACCAGAGCCCCCUGCUGUGGAAGCGGAGUAUUACACUAUAGCCGAUUUCCAGUCGUCGAUCUCGGAUGGCAUCAGUUUCCGCGGAGGACAAAAGGCUGAUGUGAUUGAGAAAAACCCUGGUGGUUGGUGGUAUGUGCAGAUCGGAGAGAAGGAGGGCUGGGCUCCCUGUUCCUACAUCGACAAACGCAAAAAACCCAAUCUCAACCGGAGAUCCAGCACCUUAACCAGGCCAAAAAUCCCUCCGCCCGCCCCACCUGUCAAAAAAUCUGAGUGUGAAGAAACCCCUACCACCACGACUAUUACUACUACAGCCCCUAGUACUAUUACUCCUACCAAACCUAUAGAUACACCUAAACGGCCUGUAUAUGAAGAGCCAGAGUAUGAUAUCCCUGCUGUAGGGUGUGAAGGCGAAUCAGAUGUUGAUUCACUCAAAGAAGACCGAUCUCUAGAUGUAAAGCUAAGCAACAUUGUUAGUCAAAAAUAUGGCAGCUCUCCACCAUCUUGCAAAUCCUCGCCUCCUGUGUGCAAAGCAUCACCAGUCUUUAGCCAUCGCAAAUCUACAUUUAGAUCAGUGGAAGAGGUAUCCAAGGAGGAGUGCAUAUAUGAAAAUGACUUUAGGGCUAGCAGUAGUGGCGAUAGUUCUUCUCUUAAGGGGUCAAGUGAACCAAGCUCGCCCAGGUUGUAUCAUUCUUCAACUGUCCCACGAAAACCAUCUGGAUCUUCACCGCUUGCUGGUGGUAGACCUAUGAAAACAAUGACUCCAGAAAUGAACAGAAGAAGCCAAACCUUAGGUAGACACAUAGAUAUAAGUCUGCGCAGUCAUGACAGCAGUAGCCCACACUCCUCGUCAGAUGAAUUACCCAGAAGUGUUAAAAAGACCACCAACUUAAACCGGGAUGUAGAGCAGAGGAUAGGCCAAAGCCCGUCGACCAGACCCAAACCAUCUGUUCGCCCAAAACCACUACUCUCAAAAUCAGAACCGCAAAGCCCAGACAGGAUGGAUAUUGGGUCACUGAGACGCCAGUUGAGACCUACAAGUCAAUAUCGACCCGGUCUCAAAACAUCACGAGGAGAAGAUUCUGAAACCGCGUCAGUCAUUUCAUCUGAAGAAUCUAUGUGUUCACGAAGUACCUCUGAUGUGUCUUCUGUCUAUUCAAAAAGUUCAGAUGUAGAAGGGAUGACUAUGUAUCGCUCUGUUGACGCGUACAAAAAAGUUCAAGAUUCAGAGAUUAGUUUCCCAGCUGGAGCCGAAGUGGAGGUGUUGGAGAAGCAAGAAAGUGGUUGGUGGUACAUUCGCUGGGCAUCUGAAGAAGGUUGGGCUCCUUCUUACUAUCUUGAACCAGUUCGUCAAAAAGGCAGUACGGAGUCCGAAAGACAUAGCAAGUCAAACAGCUUGGAGAAAAACGAGCAACAUGUCAUGGCACUUAACAAUAUCAACAUUCAAGGCCAGAAGCAUCAAAGUUUAAGUAGGAAUACGCCCCCGAUUCCAUCCAAACCUCCUGGUGGAUUCUCCAAACCAACCCAAAUGGUGAACGGAGGGGUGCGGAUGAGAAAUGGGGUGCGCCAGGUUGCAGUGAGACCCCAAUCUGUUUUUGUGACAACAUCGCAGCCAUCCAAGGACGCACACUACAUGACAGGGUCCCUAAGGAGGAAUGAUUCGCUGGGUAGGAGUGAUCACUACAGCUCCGGAUCGGCCACUUUGGGAGUCCGUCGUAAUGCGUCUUUUAGCACAGUGCGCCCCCAUGUGGUCGUCGAAAGUCAAACCAGGCCAUCAGAGCGCACCAGUUUGGGGUCUACAAGCAGUGGGUUUAGCACUAGCAGUCAACGCAACGGUAUUCCUGUUUCCACUGUCCGCCCCAAGCCUAUAGAAAAAAGCCAGAUCAUUCACAAUAACCUUGGUAGAGAUGUGUACGUGUCUAUUGCUGAUUACAGAGGAGAUGAGGAGACGAUGGGUUUUACUGAGGGCACUUGUCUGGAGGUUUUGGAGAGAAACCCAAAUGGAUGGUGGUACUGCCAAGUCCAAGACAGUCUGAUACCGCGGAAAGGCUGGGUUCCCUCCAACUAUUUAGAGAGGAAGAAAUAAACCCAAAAUGUUUAAACUUUUUCUUAUAUCCCCAGACCCAAUUUUGGAUGUCUCCAAGCAACUGGAUGACAGCAUCCCUAAGAAUGUUGCCCCCAAUCUCCCAUAAGCAAUAUGUUUGACUGUACAUUUAAAGAAAAAAAUAAGACUGUAAUAAGAGAGAUGUUUAAAUGGAAAAAGACACUUUAGUGCUGGUUUACUAAAAAGUAUACUUGGGAAAUGAGUGGUUUGGAUGAAGAUCAGAUUGAAUUUUGGGAUAAAAUGUAGAGAAUGGACUUUAAAAAUGGGUUAUGGGAGUAAUAAUGUUUAAAAUGUUUAAAAGAAAUUAGCAUCAUGUCUUUUGACAGUGAUGGCCAUUAAGUGCCUUCAGUAUUUGAUCACAACAAGUGGAGGUCUGAAAUGGUGGAUGGCAUCAGAAUAAACCAACCAUUUUUAUAACAGUGCCAUAGGUCUAUGAACACCACCAAGAGUAUUUUUACAACUUAUCUCAAGCUCUGCUAAAAGUGGACUCCUCCGUUUUCCAACAAGUUAAAGUUUUAGUCAAUGCAAAAAAUGAAAAAAACAUCUGGAUCUCAUUUGUGUUUUUGUUGUUCAUGUAUGUCUUGCGUUGAAGCGAGUCUUCCUUAGAGAAUUAUUUCUGCUUUCUUGUGACAUCAUUUUCCUUCUUCAGCCUAAAACAACUCCUGCCUCUAGUCUCUGUUUCAUUUACCAACACUGGCAGAAUAUGCAGUAGGUGCUUAACUUGUAGUAAUUGGCAUAGGUUGCCAUCAUAGAUUAGUGUUUUUAGCCCUGAGAAAAUGUCUGUUUUAAUGUGUCCUAGAUGUAACCAUCUGGAAACUAAUACAUGAAUCCUGAAAAGCUUGAAAAUACCGUUAGUUUUGUAAAAAGUAAAAUAAAGCAACUAUAACUUGAGCGCUCCAGAACCACCUAAUCUCUGGAGCUCUGACAAAUAGAUUGCAAACAAAAGUUUACAAAAUGUAAGUUAAAUAUUUUGGUUUUCAUCCAGGAAAAUAUAUUUUGUACAUAUUUAUUUUUGAUGAUGUGUGGAAGCAGUACGUACUGGAACAAAGUGACAUAAUGACAUCCCAGGGACAUUGUUACAUUUUGCCCAAAAUGUGAUUAACCAAAGAGUAAGAAUCAGUGACAGGUUUAUAUCUUGUUAAAUAUUUAUCAUGAAAUUAUGAUCAGCAAAAAAGUACUUUAUCUGGAAGCACUUGACUCUGAGCUGAGAAUGGCUGAUGUUCAAGACUGCUGAAAUACAUUUUCUAACGAACUGAGACCUCUUGAGGCUCAUCACUAAUUACCCAUUAUUUCUGCUGGACAGUGUUAGAGUAUUAAACCUGCUAGAUCGCAGUUAUGUAUUUUAUGUUUGGUUGUUUGUGGUCACACAGUGGCAAUAUUGAGGAAUGGAGUGGUUCUGUUUUGUCAGUUAAUGCACUUUAAACUCUUAAUGUGCAUUAAUGUAAAGAUGCAGUCCAUUUACAGCAUUUUAUUUAUUAUGUUAUUUAUUUUUUUUUUUUUUUAACCUUAAAGAGGUGAUUUUUCACUAUCAAUGCACCACCAAAAUGGGCAAAUACAGCCCUCUAGUGGACCUAAGCGGUACAACACUAACAGUCCAGUAGAGGCUGCUUUCAACCUCAGUGCAAUAAGAAGUGCACUGCUGGUCAGUGAGGAAUCGAAGCGUUAUGCACACCUAUUCAAAGAGCAGCUGUUUUUUUUAGCAGAAUAUUAUUGGACCUUUUUUCCUCAUGCUGUGUGCUGCAACUUUAGCAAACCACAGGCCCUUCCUUCAUCUUUAUUGUGCUUUACAUAAUGCCGGAUUCAAAUAUUUAUUGUUAUUUUCACUUAAUGAUUUUCACUUUAAUCAUGAUUUGACAAUCAAAGUGUUUCUCAAAAAUAAUUUGCCUGUUGAAAAGUUCCCUUUACCCUGUAAUCAAGCAUUAAAUAAGAUGAAACCCCAAACUGAAGUUGUUGAGACAUUUCCACUGUGGACGAAGGCAUUAUGUAAAUGUGUUGACUCACUCACAGCAGCUCCAGCACAUACUAUUUUUUAUUGCUUUAAAGGCUUUGGCUACAAAUGCAAGGGAAUCAUUUUGUGUCAAGCUUAUUGUUUAGCUGUGUGGCGUUGUCUUUUAUGCUUUAAUGUGUAUUGUUCUAUUUUAUUCUUCUCCCCUUUUUGUUUUACUUUAAAAUGUCCCCUCGAGGAAAAGUGCAAUAGAAAAUUCCAACACGCUUCAAUGAAAUGAACAAUCUGAACACUACAGACAUUUGAAGGCAUCCUUAGUCGCAACUGCCAGUCAUCAGAUUUCUUAUAUGAUUUCCAGUGUCAGAGCAGGUGUGUAGGACCCUAAACGCAUCCCAAAAAGAAAAACCCUUGGACCAAAGCAACCAUAUCUCUCCUAUGUGAUGGACAUUUUGGAUGGAUGACCCUGUCCAGCCCCUCUCUCCCCUCUGUCAGCAGUAGACAGUGAUUUGUGAAUGACAUGACGGUAACUCACUGACCCAUUCAAUAUUGACAUUACAGCCAUCUGGGUCCUGGGACAUCAGAGAGGUCCCCGCGCCCUGCUCUGAGCUGUCACAUUUGUGCCUGAAUGGAAUUUUGAUAUUUUGAUUUGGAUGUUUUUGUGUUGUUUAGCCCCCUUUUUAGUUCUAUCCCUCUCCAGUCUGUGUCGUUUCCUAUCCAUGGGUUUCAGAACAAUUUGUACUGUUGCUAUAGUGACUGACACUUUAAAAGAACAUAUUAUGUCUUUUAAAUGGGUCUUAAAGUGCCUAUAACAGGUUAGACUACUCAUUUUACUAAAACCUUGUUAAGAUCAUUUUAUAAAAAAAAAUAUUAAUAUUUCUUUUCCAGUUUGGCCAUUUAUUAGCUUUCAAAUUUUGCUUCCUGAUGGGAAAUCAUGACAUCAUGAAAGGGAAAUCUGUAACUGUACCUAGUUGCCAUGUUAUAACCUGAACCAAAACUCCUCUGAUGUACACAGAAAUUAUGAUUGACCAUUAAAAUAUAAGAAAAGACAUUUAUUUUGUUGAAAUAAUGUUUAAAAUAUUGGAAAAAUGUGUUUCUUGCGUUGUGCAGAACUUUUGGAAUUCUCCCUACUGCGAUAUCAUCAAUAUGGAAUUCUUCAUUUUUGUAAUUUUCAACAUAUUUUUCAACUUUUCUUGCAACGUUGCUUGAUCGGUGUAAAACUAUUAUUUAUAUUUUCAACAUGUACUAUCACAACAAAUUAAGUCAAAAUUGGAGAAUCGCCAAAACCUGUUAUACGCACUUUAAAACGUUACAUACAAGAGGAAGCUGAAACCCAUGAAUCCUCAAAUACCUCCUCGUGACAUUUUAACUGCAGAUUUUUGAGUCCUUAUCCCACUAAAGGUGACAUUUGGCUCCAUUGGCACUGGUGACUAAAAACAAGUGGACCAGAGAAAGUAGGCACUAGACGAGAGAGUGGGCAGAUGUUUAGUACUCCAGGCCAGCUCACCUCAGUUCAUUUAUUUCCAGAGUGUAGAGCCAAAAAUAGGAGUCCCUGGCGUUUUUUUUUUUCACUGGACUCUUGGCAGGCUGUAUCAUUCUCCGCAGGGGAACACACCACUGUGCUAAAGACUAGAGUCAUGGACAGGCCAAAACAGAAAAUCCUGCAUCUAUUUCAGGUGUAUGUUUGCAAUGUGCAGGUAGUGGUUCAGGUAAAACACCUUUGAGAAACAUCUUUAUUCACACAUAUUCGGACCCAAUGAUAACUGAGUGCAAGGAUUUGAAUUUUGUCUGUAGCAAUGAGAAUUUUUACAGUCAUGUUAUUUUGGAGAAGGAGUUCAUUCAAAUUUACAAAUACCUAACAAAUAAAAAUAUUACUACAUGGAUUUUACUCCCUACUACAAAAGCCAUUCAAAGCUACAAUUCUGUGUACUGAUAAACCUUUUGGUCAGAGUAUGUUCCUUGUGAUUUCGACUAAUGGUUAGUGUCCUAUUUUUAUUUAUUUAUCUCUUAGAUCUUGCAAUAUUUGAGUGCAAGUCAUGUAUCUGGACAGUUGAUUCUUAAUAUAAAAAAAACCUAAAUUUCACUAUUUUACCUAUUGUGCCGUUAAAUUGUGAGUUUCCUUCAUUUCGCUCUUCUCCCUGUUAUCUUCGCAUAUUGUCAGGCAUUCUUCUACGGUACAUGGCUGCCAAUUCCUGCUGGUAAUUGAGGCAUACUUGGGGAGUUCCUGGGGGCAUAGCAUGUUUUUGCUAGGGUGUGUGAGUGUGUGUGAAUGUGAAUGAGUGGAGUUGUUUUGCAUAGAGUGAUGGAUAGUUUGCAGGUGCACUGUAGAGAGACAAAGAAGGUCAAGAAGGCUAUUUGUGAGAGUAGAACGCCGGGAGACGCAAGAAGGAUCAGAAAGUGGAUUGUAUGUGACAAGCUGAGAACAAUGGAGUUUGAUACGGAGAGGGCUGAAUAUGUUAUAGGCAAAUAUAACAUUAGAGGAGAGAAAACAGAAAUCUGAACAAAACACAUUACAGAUCCCAGGUUUGAUACUUAAAAAUGUCUGAUGGAAGGUCUGCCACCUGCUUGUCAUAGGGAUGUUAUCAAACUGAUCUUUCUUUCUGAAAGCGGGCUUCUUGUUGUGAGUGGGGUCACCUCUCCAUAGUUCUGACCUGUAACUUGGCUUGAUGAGGUCUUUAUGGAAAUAGUGAAGCCUAAUGCCCUACUGUUUAACAUUUGAGAUAGAGCAGUAACAUCUCCAUGGAAACAAGCAGGUGGCGGUCAUUUUGAAAAGUUAGAAUGUGCAUCUUUAACAGGACUCCACAGAGACUAGUUUUUAUUUGUGUUUUAGAGGACAUUAGAUUGCCUAAAUAAUGACAGUCUCUACAAUUUGCUAAUUGUAAGCAUUCAAAUAUGAUUAAGCCCUUUAGACUCCUUUCUUCUUUCUUCUUUUAUCAAACAAGCUUCUUUCUAUAAUCUCACUGCUCUAGUUUUAAAUACAGUAACUUGCAUCACAGAACAUUUCAGGGUCCCAAAUCUUACAAUCUUUUCUAGCUUUUCUCUUUCGCUCCAUCUUAAAAAAAAGUUUCAGAACUGAUCCUACAUCUUUUUUUCCUUUUACAUUCUGCAUCGUCAGAUCUUAUGUCGCCCUUAGGCUGAGCGAGCUGAGCAGAGCUGCUAAGAAACUUUUUUUUUCUCAGAGAAUAAAAUGAAAAAAUGUCUUCAAUUGGUUUAGUUCUCUCUGUAUCUUUUGGGUCCUUUUUACAGAGGAUAGGCUAAUUAAAUGUACUAAAAAUGUAAGAUGCUUACUAAUGUUAAGGCAAUGCUUUUAAGUCAGAAGCAGCUUGGGAACGCAGGGAACAUUCUGUAUUGAGAUCAAAUUGAAGACGUAGGUUUUGAGAAGGCAUUGUCAUGUGUGAGUCGUGGUUUACAUAAGUUUGUGAUUGUAAUUAUUAAAGGUGCUGUACCUGAUUUUUACCUUCUAAAAAAGUGAAAACAGAACUAGUUUUAUAUUUCAAGUUUUAGUUUGCAGUGGGCCAGAGUUAUUCCGUACUUAUCAAGCAUCCUAAAUUUGUACCGCAAUGACUUAAUAAGCAAUUUUCACAACUUUCAGAGACCAGAUAGUUUUGCUGUAAAAUAACUAAUUUGCUAAUUGCGCACUUCCUCAUCUGCAGGACAAUAACAGGCUUUAUUUUGUCUUAUUUUGACCUCAAGAGCCGGUUAUACAAUUUAUUUGUACUGGGGCAAGUACAAAUUUUGCUCAGAUACAUGGAAAGCAAUCGGUUACAGGGCCUUUAAUAUUCGUUUUUGUUUGAGGCUAGAAAACGUUACAAUAGAACUGUAGGGAAUCAGAUAAAAAUGCAAGAAACGUGUUUUUUAUGGCCUUGAGUGAACUUCCCUGGACUAAGUUUGUGGAUACCAGCAGGAGUCAGGCAAAACUUUGUAGAAGAGUAACUUGUAUUUUGUCUUUCAAAGUUAUAAUUAGCACAGUGGUGUGUUUUAAUUAUCCUUUUUCGCUUAUGGCAUCCUGAGUGACAAAUUUAUAUGCCGUCAAAAUUUGGCUGUCAAAAGUGAUUGACGCUACACAAAGCCAAGGUCAAUUUGAGGUUUUAUUUUUGGAGACAAAAUCGCCUGCUCUUAGGACAGUAGUGUGCCAAAUAUAACAGAAAUUGAAAUAGUUUAUCAUGUUUCUUUACCAGCAGCACGCAAAUACUAACAAACACGGCCUCGAGAUGGACCAAAGGAGGUGCUAAUCUUUUAUGUCUUUUUUUUUUUUAACAUUGUUGUUGCAAAUUGUGUUAUAUGUCCUCUUUUCAAAGGGUAUGUGGUGAUUUUUCUUAUAUCAAAGUUCAAAUUGGAGAGCCUACGAUCACAACAGUAGUCGCCUCAUAGAGCUAUACAGAAUUGUCAAAAAAUCAAACACUGAAACAGUCUUCGGUUAAUUAAAGAAAGCAGGUUGAAGAUAUAUGUUUUUAAAAGGUUAAAUUUUAGUAUAUUGGAGUAACAUGGAGUACUAUGGAGCUGUUUUGGUAGUACAUACAUCUCAGUACACAUACCAAAUUUUCAUAUGGCAUGAAAAUCUUAAGUCAAGAUUUAAAAAAAAAAAAAAAUCAUUUAAUUUCUUUACCUGUCCCUCUAUCUUUGUGUAUUUCAUAUUCAUUUGAGAUUUUAUGCCUGGUGCCCUCCCUCGCACAGCCCUUGUCUAUGGCUUGCUAUUACCUCAAAGAUAAGAUACUGACACUCUUCACUAUGAAUAGAAGUACUAAAAUAAAUCUCUUUUCCUAUAAUAUUCUUAUCAAUUCCCUGCAUUCUGUUCGGCAAUAGCAAAAAUACACCACCUCCGCAUGCCUUUUGAAAACAGGCCAUUUUCUUAUCUUUUUCAUUUUGAUGACUUCUUUUGUAUCCUGUACAUGUUUACAUUGUAUCUCACAUUGCCCAAAAGAGAAACAAUAUUAAAUGUAUUAUCUUUGUUGUUUUACAUUGA